CUCUCCCUUACACUACUACGGAUCAUAAUUAUUGAUGGGAUUGCUCUCUUUUUCCCUAUAAAUAUCUCCACUUCACACUCAGCUUGGUGGACAACCCAACCAUCCUCUCUCUCUCUAUCCCUAUGCUCUCUCUCAUUGUCUCUUUCGUUCAUAAUGCAGAAGUGAUACCCACCUCAAAAAGAUCUAGACAUAUAGCUACAAGCCCACGUUCGAAGAAAGCAAAAAUGGUGGAAUCUAACGUCAAGGCAAAUAUAAACCAGCCUUUAAGCAUGGACAUGGACCCACCUUUCCAUGAGAUCUACAAGACCCUUCUAGACAGCACCAUUGAAGAAUCAAGAACCAAGACUGGCAUCGUUGAGGAAUGUGAACUUCCUUUGAUCGAUCUUGGUCGUUUAAGCUUGGAUGAAUCUGAUGAGAAACACAAGUGCGAGGAAGAGAUAGCUAGGGCUUCGCAGGAGUGGGGAUUCUUUCAGGUUGUGAAUCAUGGGAUUUCAAGUGAGAUUUUGGAGAAGAUUAGAAGAGAACAAGUAAAGCUUUUUAAACAACCUUUCUAUAAAAAGAGCAAAGAAGACAAGUUCUUGAAUUUCUCUUCUGGAACCUAUCGCUGGGGAACUCCUACAGCAACUUGCCUCAGUCAGUUGUCAUGGUCUGAAGCUUUUCACAUUCCUAUGACUGAUAUAUCUGCUUCCAAUGGUUUCACUAAUCUCAGUUCAACAAUGGAACAGUUUGCUACAAGAGUUGCCAGUCUAGCACAAAAAUUAGCUGAAAUUUUGGCAGAGAAAUUGGGCCGCAAAUCCACUUUCUUCCAAGAAAAUUGUGUGCCAAGCUCUUGCUAUCUUCGAUUGAAUCGAUACCCGCCUUGUCCAAUCCCUGCAGAAGUAUUUGGUCUCAUGCCACACACUGAUAGCGAUUUCCUUACAAUUCUCCAUCAAGAUCAAGUUGGAGGAUUACAAUUAGUGAAAGAUGGGAAAUGGUUCGCGGUUAAACCUAACCCUGAAGCUCUAAUAAUAAACAUUGGGGACUUGUUUCAGGCUUGGAGCAAUGACGUUUAUAAGAGCGUUCAACAUAGGGUUUUGACGAAUCCUGUAGUGGAAAGGUUUUCGACAGCAUAUUUCUUCUGCCCAUCGUAUGAUACAGAGAUAGAAAGUGGGUGCGAACCAUCAGUUUAUAAGAAGUUUAGCUUUAAAGAGUAUAGAGAGCAGGUGCAGAAAGAUGUCCAACUAUUAGGUCGCAAAGUAGGCCUCCCAAGAUUUCUUGUAUAACUUUCACUAUAACAUGAUUUUUGCUAUAUAUAUAUAUAUUUACCAGGUCUGUUUUUUUUU